UGACAGGACUGAAGCUGGGGUUCUUUCUUUUGACGAAGAGAGGACGGUGGAAAACGGGAGUGAGAGCAAAGAGACCAGCAACUAGAGACGAUGCUGCCAUAUAUCUACAGAAGAGGCCUACUGGGUCGGCGGCAGUUUGCGACGGCAGCUGCAUGUCUGGCGAAGACGAGACGGGGCCACGGCGGAGGCGGAAAGUGCCACGGCGCAGGAGGAGUUCCUCUCACGAGUCUGGGCGAGAGACGCAGGCCGUUCCGGCCUGUGCACCGGACAGGCGAGACGGCUGGGCAGGCUGAGAAGGAGCUUGCGGCGGCGCUGGGCCAGGCGCAGGAGCAGUUGCGGUGGAAGGAAUAUCUCGACGCCGGUGACGGGCAGUACCGCAGCGGGGCGGAGGAGGAGGCUGCGAUCUCCCGGCGGGUGCUCGAGAAGCUCAUCGGGUUCAGCGAGUACAGCAAGGCUGGUGCGCUUGAGAAGGACGUGUGGACGCUGUUGAAGAAGCAGGUGGCGAUCUACGACAACAUGGCGGGGCCGCUGGAGGACGAGAGCGCCGGCGCCGCCGCCGGCGAAGCGCGGUUGGAGCUGCCGCGGGAGAUCCGGCUUGCGGUGCUGCAGUGCCGGGCCACGAAGGACUACGCCAACAUGUUGCGCUUGUACGACUGCUUCUUCCAGCUGCUUGUGAAGGGUCCGCUGCUACGCGAGGCCGAGCGCCGCGAGGAGCUGUACCGGCUGAACGGGUGCGACGCCGACGCCGACGCGUACGGUCCGCUUGUGGCGCUGUUGGACGAGCUGGAGCUGUCGAGACAAACGUUUGGCGACGCCGACGUCGACGUCGCCGUCGAGGCGUACGAACAGACGCUUGUCCGGCGGAUCGAGGCCGCGUGGUACGCCGUUGGCGACAAUGCUGCUGGCGGCGACGCCGCCAGCAGCCUGCGGAACCUCCGCAUCUACCACUCCGGCUUCCCGGCGCUCGUGAGGCUGCUGGCCACGGACCGGUACGCCUGCGUGUUUGGUGCCCGCUUUGUGGACGACUUCUGUCGGGACCUUCUCCGGUCGGAGAUGGGGCUCGAGCACGACGAGCUGUGUGUGAUGGUGCGCAACCUGGUCGGGCGCGGCCGGUUCGACGCAGCAACGUACGCCGGCCUGCGGCGCGAGGUGGCCGGCGGGCCCGGCCUGGCGGUGACGCCGGCGCUGUACGGACUGUUUCUGGAGGGCGCGGUGGCCGGCGGCGAGCCUGCGUUGGCGGCGGCGGUGGCGGCGGACUGCGCGGCAGACGGGUACGUGCUGGACCGGACACUUUUGCGGGCGCUGCUGCGGAUGUACGCGGCGGCCGGGGACGGGCGGCGGGUGCUGCGGACGGUGGACCUGGCGGUGGGCAGCGGGGUGCCGCUGUUCGCGCCAGACCUGCGGGCGGUGGUGGAGUCGCUUGUGCGGGGGGGGCGGCGGAGCGUGGCGGUGGACGUGGUGAAGAGCCUGAUGAUUGUGAGCAACGGGUGCGCGGAGUGGGCCGCCGCCGCCGACGCCGCCGCCGACGCCGACGGGUCCGAGCGCGAGCUCGACGACCCGAUGCUCGACGUGGGGCUGCUGUUCUCCCACUACGGCAGCGACACCUUGCUGGUGCGGCCCGCGGUCGACGACGCCGUGGUGGUGCCUGUGCUGGCCACCUGCGACACGCUGGCCGAGUACGACGCGCUGUGGGCGCUGGUGACGGACGACCCCGGGUUUGUGCUCACGGCCGAGCUCGUCAAGGUGGACCUGCUGCUGCGCGACCGGUUCGGGGUGUUUGCCGGCGGCGGGCACGCCGCCGCCGGCCAUGCUGCGCUGCAGCGCUGCAUCCACUACGCCAUGGCGCGGCUGCCGCUGCCGCAGAUCGACCGCCUCGUCCUCGACCCGGACUUUGUCGAGGUGUUUGUCAAGGUGUGCGACCAGCUCUUCCACACGGGCGGGCUCGACGGCGACGACGACGCGCUGGCGGCCGCCUACGGCGCGCUUGCCGGCGUGGCCGCCGAGGGCGCGCGCAGUCGCGACGCUCUUGUGGCCGAGCUGGCCGCGCACGUGGCAUCCGGCGACGACGCGGGCUCCGGCGGCGACGGCGACGGCACGCCGGGCCAGACGGUGGCGCGCUUACGUCAGCACGUGCGUCGCGACUGGUGCGCUGGCCGCGUGCAGCACGUGCUCACGCUCAGCGGGGUCCAGCUCUAGUGGGGGCACCGCGGGGAGCAUUUUACGAGCAUUUUUUCGCAGCAGGCGUCGCGGCGUGAGUCACUAGGGUGUCAGGCCCGGUGCGCACUGCGGCGCUCCGCUAACCACAGCGGUGGAAUCGGGGCGGGCAGGCGGGAGACCGAUAUCUCAGAGUGUGGUCCGGCGCGGAGUGUGGUGGUGGCGGCA